GUAAUGGGUCCUUCAGGCUCUGGUAAAACAACCCUCCUUGAAUGUAUCAGUCGAAGGAAGAAGACAUCAUCAGGCAACAUUGCGUGCUCAUCGAGCACAUCAUUUUGUGAACAGGAAGAUGCGUUGUUAGGUGUUUUGACAGUUAAAGAAACUUUAAAGUACUCAGCAAGGUUGAGUGUACCACAUGCGACUUCGCAAGUAAUAGAAGAACGCGUUAAUGCAGUAAUUGAUGGAUUAGGUUUACAUUCCGUUCUUAAUAAUCGGAUUGGUACUCCAAUACAAAGAGGUAUAUCGGGAGGACAGAAACGACGCGUUAGCAUAGCAUGCUCGUUGGUACAAUUUCCUGAUAUUCUUUUCCUUGAUGAACCUACGUCAGGUCUUGACAUUUCUACUGCACAUCAAGUUAUGACUGCAAUAAAACGAAUGGCCGUAACACACAACAUAGCUGUUGUAGCUACAAUUCACAGUCCAAAUUGGGAGAUAUUCACACUAUUCGAUAAAUUAUUAUUGUUGGCAAAAGGUGAAACAGUAUUUAAUUCAAAAAUUGAUCAAUUGGUUCCAUAUUUUGAAGAAUUAGGUUACAACUUCCCAAAAUUUUCGAACCCAGUUGAUGUCGUUAUGGAAUUGAUAAACACGGAUUUCGAAAAGCAAGAUAGCAAGAGUAUUGAAGAAGGUACAUCUAGUUUUAACAGGUUGGAAUCGCUCGUGACAUCGUGGAAAAGUCAUGAAAAGUUUCACGUGGCUGUAACAAACACUUCAGACACACAAAUUCGCUCUAGUGAAAGUCUAUCAGAUUUCGUUCGAAGAACUUACAUUCUUUCUGAGAGAAACUUAUUCAACUAUUCUAGGAAUCUACUCGCUUAUGGUGUUAGAAUGGGAAUGUAUGUUGGAUUGGGUGUUUUGCUCGCCACAAUUUGGGUAAAUCUGAAGCAAUCUGACGAUCGCUUGAAUGAUAGACUCUCGGUGCAUUUCUUUUCAGUUGCUUUUCUCUCUUUUAUGUCGGUUGCUGGAAUACCAAGCUAUCUCGAAGAAAGGGCAGUUUUACGAAGAGAACGAGCAAAUGGGCUAUAUGGACCACUUUCAUUUACACUCGCUCAAACAGUAAUGAGCUUGCCAUUUCUCUUCAUAUGCGUCGUAAUAUUCACUGUUAUUUGCUACUUUUCAAUCGGGCUUCAUCCAGGCGCUUCGCACUUUUUCAAAUGGAUGGCUAUACUCUAUUUAUGCAUUCUUAAUGCAGAAUUCCAGUCACUUUUAGUCGCUUCAAUAUUUCCAGUAUUCGUUACAUCACUCGCAAUCGCUGCAUUCAUUAAUGGCUUUUUCAUGUGUGUGCAAGGAUACUUCAUUAGAGCCGUAAAUUUGCCUAGAUUCUGGUACUAUUGGGCACAUUGGAUAGAUUAUCAGACGUUUGGUUUUGCAAUUCUAACCAAGUCUGAUUUAUUAGGUCUGAAAUUUGAAUGCAAUGGAAGUAUCGAAGAUGACAGUUGUCAAUGCUCCUAUCCAAGUACGUUGAUAAGUCAAGGAGAAUGUGCCGUGUCAGGUGAAGAUGUUCUCAGACAACUUGACUACGAUGGUAUAUCAAUUACGCUCUACUCCUUCAUUUUAGUUAUUAUCAUAGUAGUUUAUAGAGUUUUAUUCUAUAUUGUAGUAAAAUAUAACAAAGCUUAA